AUGAAUGACUUUGCGUCUUUUGAAAAAACUAUUGUCCGCGAACUGUCGUGUCGCUUGUGUUUAUGUAACGAUGUUGCCCAAUUAAAACCACUCAGCGCUGAAAUGAAGAGAAAAAUAAAGAGAUUGUUUGAUAUUGUUAUACGAACUGAUGAUAACCUUCCAAAGGCAAUAUGCCACGAAUGUCUUCAGCAAGUUGGGGCUUUGCAUCUUUAUGCUGUCAACGUAGAAAAAACACAAAAGUUUUUAAAUUUUCAUAGUAUAAAAGAUAACAACAAUAUCAAUAAAGAUAAUCGAAAUUUGACUGACAAAAAGAUGCACCCUAUCGUCGCAUCUCUGUCAGAACACAAGACAUUCAAUACAAAAUCAAAAAUAGGAAAAGAACCGGUUUCUCCUCCUCCAAAAUCGCCACCAACAGAACUUCACCAAGGAGACGCAAAAGCAUGCAAAAAACACCAAAAAAAGAAAUCACCAUCCGAUUUAAAAUUUUUAGAAGCAAUGCCACUAGAAGAGUUUUCAAAAACUGAAAGCGUAGAUAGGUUACUUCUUAACAGUGCAUCGUCCCCUAUAGAACCAAAGGCACCAACGAUAGAGAAAAAUAAAAACAAUAUCGAAACUAAUAACUUUUCAAACGAAGUAUUGGAUAAUAUCAUAUUAAUAGACGGUCGCCCGGUAAAGCAAGGAGCCGAUUUAGACAAGCAAAUAACUUUAUUUUAUAAAAUGGAAUGCUGCAUUUGCCACGAGAUAGGAUUUCACUUUCGAUCUUUAAUGAAGCACUAUAAAGAAAGGCACGGAGUUCCAGGAUAUUUAACGUGCUGUGACAAAAAAUUUCACUACUUCUAUCCAAAAAAGAUCAUUGAACAUAUGGCUUAUCAUUUACAGCCAAAUAUUUUUAAAUGUCACAGCUGCCAUCAAAAUUUCCAAACAUCACAACAGUUGAUUGAACAUCAAAGUAAUGGGGGCAGAUCAGAAGGCAAGAUUACCUGUCCGCGCUGUUCCGAUCGCUAUCCGACUUACCAGGAAUUAGGGUGGCACAUAAUAAUACAUCGAACGGACAAAUUUCAGUGUGAUUAUUGCGGAAAAUUGUUAAAACAUCAUCAUCGAAAGAAAACUGUAAAUCACAUGGAAGAUGUAAUACUCUGCUCGCAGUGUAUUCGAACAUUGAAAAACAUUGAAAAACAAGAAAAAGAAUUCAAAGAAAAAGUAAAAGGCAGAAGCAAUGACACGCUUUCUCUACAAAAGUAUCAAAAAUUUCGACAAGCAAUGGGAUUGUCUGCAGAUGAUAACGAUUCGUCAGAUUAAAAAAAACAAACCUUAGGAAAGAAAAUCAU